GUUGUGAGGCCGGCUGGUGGGGCACCCGCCGCGAGGCCUGAGCAGGCGAGGCCUGGGGAUCACUCGCGGACGGAAUCCCAGGCCGGGGCGGGCUGGAGAGGAGCCAUGGAAGCCCCGCUGCUCUCGCUUGCCUUUUGUUUGCUUUGUGCUGGGGAGGUGUUAUUUUUAAGGUGACUCCGGAAGGCCGUAGGCUCCCCGCGCGCCGCGCCGAGGGACAGCUGAGAAGAGAGUCUCUGGGGGUGGGUGAGCUUGCUGAUCUGUUUCUGGGGCCGUCGCCGCCGCCAUCGCCAUGUCAAGCCGUGGUGGGAAGAAGAAAUCCACCAAGACCUCCCGGUCAGCCAAGGCUGGGGUCAUCUUCCCUGUGGGACGGAUGCUGCGGUACAUCAAGAAAGGCCACCCUAAGUAUAGGAUCGGAGUGGGGGCACCUGUGUACAUGGCUGCUGUCCUGGAAUACCUGACGGCUGAGAUCCUGGAGCUGGCUGGCAAUGCAGCAAGAGACAACAAGAAGGGACGGGUCACUCCACGGCACAUCCUGUUAGCUGUGGCCAACGAUGAAGAGCUAAACCAGCUGCUAAAAGGAGUCACCAUAGCCAGCGGGGGUGUGUUGCCGAAUAUCCAUCCUGAGCUGCUGGCAAAGAAGCGAGGAUCCAAGGGGAAACUGGAAGCCAUCAUUACGCCUCCACCAGCCAAAAAGGCCAAGUCUCCGUCCCAGAAGAAGCCAGUGGCUAAGAAAACAGGAGGCAAGAAAGGGUCCCGGAAGUCUAAGAAGCAGGGAGAAGUCAGCAAGGCUGCCAGUGCGGACAGCACGACGGAGGGCACACCUACAGAUGGCUUUACCGUCCUCUCCACCAAGAGCCUCUUCCUCGGCCAGAAGCUGAACCUUAUUCACAGUGAAAUCAGUAAUUUAGCCGGCUUUGAGGUGGAGGCCAUAAUCAAUCCUACCAAUGCUGACAUUGACCUUAAAGAUGACCUAGGAAACACACUGGAGAAGAAGGGUGGCAAGGAGUUUGUAGAAGCUGUUCUGGAACUUCGAAAAAAGAACGGGCCCUUGGAAGUAGCUGGAGCUGCUGUUAGUGCAGGCCAUGGCCUGCCUGCCAAGUUUGUGAUCCACUGUAAUAGUCCGGUCUGGGGUGCAGACAAAUGUGAAGAACUUCUAGAAAAGACGGUGAAAAACUGCUUGGCUCUAGCUGAUGACAGAAAGCUGAAGUCCAUCGCCUUCCCGUCCAUUGGCAGCGGCAGGAACGGGUUCCCGAAGCAGACGGCAGCCCAGCUCAUCCUGAAGGCCAUCUCCAGCUACUUUGUGUCCACUAUGUCCUCCUCCAUCAAAACUGUGUACUUUGUGCUUUUUGACAGUGAGAGCAUAGGCAUCUAUGUGCAGGAAAUGGCCAAGCUGGAUGCCAACUAGGCCAGUGGUCCCCAGAGCCAGCACAUGCCGUGUCCCCCACCUCCAACUGGAAAGAAAGAAAAAAAGAAAAAAAUAUCCCCUCGGCUUUUACUGGGAGGUGGGACUCCUUUCCUCCUCAGUUCCGCUCACCUAGGGAAAAUAAGGUUUUGGUUUCCGGUUUGAUUGUUUUCGGCCUUCUAAAACGUUUUCUGUCAGCACUGAUUGUCAGCCGGCAUUGUCCUUGUUUAAGCACUGCGUUCCAGACCGUGUCUGACUUAGUUAACCUAGGAGAUUUUAUAGUUUUACUUUAAUGAAGUCCUGAUUAACACAGAGCAGUGGAGAGAUGGUCCCUCCCCUGUGUCGCAGCAGCAGGAAGCCCCGUUUGUAAUGUGUGUUGUGGUGCUUUACUGUACACCCAGUGGCGUUCUUUUUACUAUAACUUUUUUUUUCCCUCAAAAGAAAAAGAAUCAUAAAAUUUGCAGCAGACCUAACUUUUGUUUACUUUUUGUCUUAAUGAUAGAUUUGAAAAUGAAAAAUGUUAAAAAGACAACUGGAUCUGUUGUCCUUAUUAUAUUUGCAAUUUGAAAUUUGUGUGAAUUGAUUUAGUAAAACGUUAAACUGUU